UCUGGAUCUCACACGACACGCGUACGGGGCGUACUGACUUAUUUCCUCACCACCGCCAGAAAUGUCAACCUAAAAAGCCAUGCUGUUACCAGUUAAUGAUUAAUCGAAGGAGAGCAAACAUUUGGAAUGACCACUUAGUUUAUGUCUCCAAUAUGAAAUUAGGUUUUUGUUUUCUUUGACUACUACAUACAAAAUAGAGAUUUUUUUAGACUUCUAGACUAAUUAGUGUAUCUGUUAGAGAGACAAUUAUACACAUGUCAUUCUGACCGUUUCUUCUCUCCCGGGGGAAAUUCGAGUUACCCUGUUAAACUGCAAAAAACGGCAAAAAAAAGUCGUUUUGGACUCCGGUAUGACAGGAACAAGAGCAAGGUGAAAAAUGUGUAUCUGGACUACAUUAACGCUUCUCCUGAGUAUUCUGGUCGUGAUUGACGUCCAGAGUUUUCAAGAACGAAAGUGUCCUAAAAAAGACCCUCCCCCUGGGGUGCUGGUGCUGGCCCCGGGCAAAGAGCUGACCCUCAGCUGCAGCGGUAGGAUCACUGUAAACGGAGUGGACAUCACCGAGUCCAGUGGGGUCCCGAGGGGAAGGGAAGAAAGAGAUAACCACCCCAGCCCCACGGGGGUCUGGAGAGGGGAAGAGCACAGAGGGGAGCGGCCGGACAGAGCAGAGUCUGUCACCGUCAGUCACGCUGGGUUAGCGGACAGACCGGAUCACAGCUCUCAGAAAGGGGAAACAGUGAACGUAACCAGCGAGGAUGGGGGUGUCACGCUGAACAGAGGAUUAAAUGGGACUCAGGUGAAGGCCGCCCACAGCUUUGAGGGGGCGGCUGUGAAUGGACACGCGUCUGGCGUGGACGGGGUGCAUGACGAGGGCGUGGGGCCAGCGGAACGGAUGCAAAGAGGGCUGAGGGUGCAGUGGAAAGUGAAUGGGAGUGUCAGACCAGCGGAGGUGGAUGGAGGGGAUACACUGCAUCUCUCCGCCCUCCGACUGAGUGACACAGGAGUUUACAGCUGUCACCAAGGCAGGAAACAGGCUUUCUCUGUCAGAAUCACCGUUGCAAAACCUCCAGAGCGGCCCACCCUCACAUGCCUCAGGAAAACACCCACCAGUAAGAUUCGCUGUGAUUGGACAUCCGCUCAGUCCAUCAACCCGACCCCACAGUGCUACCUCAUUUUGAAGAAGGGGCUGCAAGGCCAGUUGUCCACAUUGAACUGCUCCUACUCAGUUUCCCGAGCACGGUGCUGGUGUGCCCUGGACCAUCCAGAGGGGGACAGGAACACUUACCUGGCAUCUCUGUGUGUGACCAACACCGCUGGCAAUGUGACCAGCCCCCUCACUGAGAUCCAUCCUCUCGAUAUCAUCAAACCAGAUCCCCCGAGAAAUAUAUCGGUGCGAGGGGAGGAGGGCAAGACACACAGGCUGAGGGUGACUUGGAACAACCCGAUCUCCUGGAGGGCAGAUUUCUACAGGCUGAGGUUUCACCUGCAGUACGCCCCCGUCCUGCAAGGAAAGCCAAAGAACGAGAAGCAGGACGUGUUUAUCGAGGGACUGUCCUUCACCAUCAGGGACGCUCUGCCUCACACCAAGUACUUGCUGCAGAUGAGGGCCAGAGAAGAGUUCAACACAGGCCAGUGGAGUGACUGGAGCCCUGCAGUGUAUGCAUAUACCUGGGCAGACCCAGAGCCCAGUACUACCAGUGUAAUUGCCAGUAUCUUUGACUUGGACCCCCUCUCUGAGGGCUCUGGCAUGCCUCCAGAUGACCAGCUAUCUGCGUCUGUAACCCAGUCCCCUAUUAACCCGACAUGGCUUCACUUGUCCUGGGUGUUCGGAGCCUGUACGAUCCUGCUCCUCACUGCGCUUGCUGUCUACAUCCUCAGACACAGAGAACGAUUCAUAUCUAAACUUCACAAGCUGGGUCAGAGAUCCGCCUCCCACACUCCAGCUCCACCCCCCUCUCAGCUGCCCCAGGAGGAGGGGAAUCCCUUAGUGUCCCAAGAGCCUUCCUCCCCUUCCCAGCAUCAGGAUACUCCCUUCCUGCAGGAAGGGGAGGAGAGAGGUGAGGGCAUUCACCUCAACAACAUUGGCUACUUCCUUGUGCAGAGGAACUGAGACCAAGAGCUUUAGUGCUGUGUGGAUGUUAUUCAUUACUGUAAUGAAUACACUGGCUUAUCGCUCUUGCUCUAUCUCUCUCACUCUCUCUCUCUCUUUCUCUCUCUCUCUCUCUCUCUCUCUCUCACACACACACACACACACACUCACACACACAGACAAACACAGGCACGUACUGUAGUUGAAACACUGUAUAUAGUUUUUAGAACUGUCCACACUACUAGCACAAAGUAUUGUAUGUACAUUGUAGAAGAACAGAACUGAGCCCACAGCCUGUUCAUAACCUUUACAUACAAGCAAUACAUGGUCAUCAUUCUCACAGUUAUGUCAUCUGAUAUGUCUCAUUCUGUAUGUGCCAUACACAUGCUGUAAAUAUCCUACAGGAGAAACA